AGAAGAUUACACGAAGCUUGUGUUUGGUGAAGAAAUAUAAACGUCAGUGAUCUUUAUAUAAAAACUAUAAGACAUAGUUAAGAAGAAGAUUCGCUUUGUAUAUGCACGUGAUCUCUACCAACAAAAAAAGAAAGGGCGAGUCUGUUUGUUAUCUUUCAAUCCUUUUGGUUGCAGAGAGAAGAUUACACGGAGCUUGUGUUUGGUGAAGAAAUAUAAGCGUCAGUGAUCUUCAUAUAAAAACGAUAAGACAUAAUUAAGUCAAAGUUUGAGUAAAUAUGGGAGAUUCUGCAACUUUAAGAAAAGAAGAUAGCCAGUCAAUUGAUAAAUCUAAGAUAUUCAACGAUCCAAUUCAUGGUUUCAUCGAAUUUCAUCCUUUGUUGGUCAAGAUUAUCAACACACGACAGUUUCAGCGUUUGAAAGAUAUAAAGCAGUUGGGACUCUGUGAUUAUGUUUACCCUGGAGCAACUCACAGUAGGUUCGAACACGCUCUUGGAACAUCUUAUUUGUGUGGAAAAUUGAUCGAUACACUUUACGAGCUUCAUCGUGAAGAGAGAAAAGGAGAAAAUAUAAAAAGGAUUGAAAUCACAAAAGAGGAACGUUUAUGUGUCAAAAUAGCAGGUCUUUGUCGUGGUCUUGGCCAUGGACCGUUCUCUUAUUUCUUCGAAAAAGUGUACAUGAAAAAGUUUUGUCGUAAAACUGCUGACAAUGCUGACAAUGAGUGGAAACACGAAAAGGCGUCACUGAAACUCUUUGAAGAUAUGCUCGAGUCAAAUGGUGAACUUGAGGAGAGUUUUGCAAAGGAAAACCUUGAUGAGGAUCAUAUAAAAUUCAUUAAAGAUCUCAUCAUAGGUAAAGACCCCAACGAAGAAGAAGAAAAAGUAGAAAGAAAAUGUCUAUUUACAGGUCAUUCAAAAUGGUUUCUUUAUGAAAUCGUAUCAAACAAACGAAAUGGCAUCGACUGCAACAAGUUUGAUUACAUUGCCCGUGACUGCGCUAAUGUUGGAGUGAAAAGUAGUUUUGACCAUCGACGCUACUUUGAAAAUAUUUGUAUCAUGUCUAUUGACGACCAACUUCAUAUCUGCGUACGUGACAAAGAGGUGUUUAACUUGUACGAGUUGUUCCACACACGUUGGUCCCUCCAUCACAGAGUUUAUCAACACAAAACUCAGGCACCAAUAGAAGAUUUGCUAGCUAGGGCGUUUUACGAAGUCGAUAAAAUCAUGAAAAUCUCAGAAGCUGUGAAAGAUAUGAAACGAUACACCAUUCUAACAGACAGCAUUCUGUAUGAUAUCUUACGAAAUGAGAGCGGGUUGCAAGCUGUCAAAAACGCACAGGAGUUGAUAAGAUGCAUAGAAGAACGGAAGAUUUACAAAUUCUGUGGUCAGACUGAUCUAACGUCGAGCGACCCUUGCCCAAAAGAAGAUGAAAUCGCCCAAAAUUUGAUUGAUCUAUCAGAAGAAAAAUUGACAAAAAACGACAUAUUUGUUUUUAUAGUGGAGUUCGACUUUGGGAUGAAAAAUAAAAAUCCAGUUGAUGCUGUCAGGUUUUUCGAUAAAUACCGCACGGAAACGUUUCCGAUAAAAAGAGAAGAAGUUAGUAAAAUGAUGCCACAAAAUUUCCAGGAAACAUAUGUCAGAGUUUACGCAAAAAAACCGGAACAAAAUGAAGACCAGAUUCAAUUGAUUAAUGAAAUGUUUGAAAAAUGGUGCGACAAUAAUCAUUAUCCAAAGCCUUAUGUUCCUAAAGCUUUAUGAACGAUUUUAUGCCACAUCUUUCUGUUCUAAAAACGCACUUGACAGUUUCUUAUAACUUAAACAACAUAUCGUAAAUUCAAAACAUCAAUGAUUAUAGACACAUUAAAUGCACAAGUCGCACAAUGGGCUUAAGACUGGUAUAGCAGAGUUAAAAGGUGAAAGGUUUAUCAUAGACCGAGACUUGUAGCGUAUAAGGCUUUCUGCUUUUGA